AUGUUCAGCCUCAUCUUCCCAACUACACCGACCUCUGCGCAGUCGUACGCGGUCCCGACCGAGCGCCUCCUCGCCAUGUCCGCCUCCCACCACGCGAGCGCCACAAUGGCCUUCACCGGCCCGAGCUCCGAUGUGGCGCCGCCGCCACCACCACCGUCCUACGCCAUGGCUGAGAGCGGUCAGGUCUUCAGUCCCACCCACAACAUCAAUUUUGGCUUUACCUGGCCUACGGCUUCGUCGUCACUGCCCGUCGAAAAGGCCUCUUAUACCCCAGUGUCGCCGGAGACGCCUACGCCUGUUCGCUUUGCCCCGAAAUUGUCCACUGACCUCGCCGCUCUUAACCGGGACUUUGCUCGUCGCAUGUCCGAAACUCAACAUCAGGCUGGCUAUAACAUGACGAGCAGCCCUCUCAGCAGCCCUGUCUCUACCGGCCCGCUUUCGCGUCGUGGUAGCUGGGCCUCGAGCCCGACCGAGGACAGCUAUGAGCCUACUAGUUCACUCAUCGCGCCUCCCAUCGCCUUACCUGUUUUACCUAUGUCUCUGCCCACACCACCGGAUGUCUCUCCACAACGGAAGCGAGCGGCGAGUAUGACCAGGGAAGCAAGCUCUUCCGAUGUUGAGGUCGCGCCGCCACCACCCAAGAAACGCAGGAAGACGAGCAAGAUGCACCCAUGCCCGGAGUGCGACAAGAGUUUCCCUCGUCCGUCCGCUCUGACGACGCACAUGAAUGUGCAUUCAGGAGAAAAGCCGUGGCGGUGCCCUGUGUCGACAUGCGCUAAGUCCUUCGCUGUCCGCUCCAACGCCCGCCGGCAUAUGCGCACCCACGGAAUCGGCGCAAAUGACAGCGCCGAUAUCGCCUUCGUGCCUGCGCGCACCAGUUCGAACCGUAUCUGGCAGCCCCAGAGUUUGAGCCUCCUGACCCCCGCUCGACCAUAUGCGCCUAUGUUGUCGCGAGCGGAGCUCGAUAGCUUACCGGGUUUGGGGCUGGGGCUGUCAUGCUUGCUACCGCCCGCCCGUCCGGGGCCAGGGGAGGAGCGCAACUCGUGGGCAUAUGAUGCUUCGAAUUUGGGACCGUACCAUCCCAGCCAGUGGAACGGCGCGCUUGCGGGCCCGUUACCGCCGGCCGUAUAUGGAUGUUGA